AUGGAUAAACAAGACUACUACACCAUUUUGGGCAUAUCACGUGCUGCGAACAAGGAUGCCAUCCGCCAGGCGUACAAGCUGAAGGCGCUGCAGCUGCAUCCAGACAAGAACCCGAACGGUGAGGCAAUUUUCAAAUUAGUCGUGAACGCGUACCACACACUCAAUGACCCCACAAAGCGCUCAGCUUACGACCGCGAGCUGACGCGGCGGGAGCGCGGCUUUGGCGCUCAUCCGUACCGCCAGGCGGCCCCACAACCAUCGUCUCCCGCUGCCUACCCCUCGUCGUCCAGCGGUGCCGACGCCGGCACCUCGCGCAAGCCGCGCUUCGCCACCGACGAGCAGCUCUUUAAGGACGCCUACGAGCAGUACAAGAAAACCCCCUUCUCCGGAACCCCCAAUGGCGGCUUCCGCGGCGCCACCUCUGAGGGCACCUUCGCUGAGUGGUUCAAAAAGAAACAAGAGGAGCUGCGGCGGGCGGAGGAGGUGACCAAGGCAAAGGCCGAGUAUGCCAAGAACCUCGAGCGCGAGGAGCAGCGCAGGGCCGAGGAGUGGCGCAACAUGCAGCGCCGGCGCGAGGAAGAGCGCGAGGAGGAGAUUAGGCAAGCCAAGGAGCAACGCGAGCGCGAUCGAGACAUGCUGAGGCGCAAGAGCGAGGCUGAGGCGAAGGAGCAGAGGGCGGCCGAGCAGAAGGCACGCAUGGAGGCGUACGCCGAGGUGCAGCGUGAGCAACAGGCGGAUGUCGAGCGCCAUCUGCGCGACGUGGCGUCGCAGAAGCGCGAGUUGGCCGAGGAACGUCGCCGCCUCGCGGAGGAGAGGGCUGAGGUGACGAACCUGGCCGCCGAGCACCGCUUCACGCGUGACAUGGCGCAGAAGCAGCGCGGGCAGGAACUGGCUGACGCGGUGCGUCGCGCAGACGCAAAGGUGCGCGAGGCGCAGGAGCAGCAAGCGUUCCGUGAGGCUAGCGAGCGUGCCAAGGCUGAGGAGCGCGUGCGCGAGGAGAAGCGUAAGCAUGCCGAGGAGGAGCGAGCGUCAGAGGCGGAGAAAGUGCGCGAGCUACAGCGACAAAAAGAGGCAGAGGCGGCUCAGCAGGAGCGCACCCGCACGACCGCGGAGCUGGGAGAGCAGCGGAAGCGUGUGAUGGCACAAAUGAUGUCGGAGAGGCGAAAGCACGAGGAAGAAGUGUCCGCGAUGCGGAAGGAGACCGAUCGAAUCGAGGCGGAGAUGAAGGCCAAGCUUGAGGCGCUACGAGCCGCCAAGAGCUCUGGCCAGACCAUUAACUUGGAUGAUUGGAAAUUAUAG